AUGUUGAUCAAGUUCAUCGCGUAUAAUACAAAGGAUGGGUAUCAUCGCUCCAACAAGACAUCACAACAGCCUAGGAGGCCGAAGCUAGAAUCCAUGUCUAACAAUAAUUUACUGGAGAAUCCGGCAGAUCUCCUUCGACAAGUACGUGAGAACUUUAUCAUCGAGCAGGAUGUAGAAUCGCUAGCAGCCAUUGAUGAGAAGGCUAGUCAAAUCAAGGCCAAAUCGCAAGAAGAGCUACGAAGAAGCAAGAUGGAGAUUUCCAACUUGGAACUGCAACUGAAGUCGAAGGAGACCAGGAUUGGCGUUCUUGUGAACGAGUUGGCGCAAGUGAAGGAUGAAUCGCAGGACCUGAUGGGGAAGAAUGAUCUGCUUAGCUUCGUCAAGCAGCUGGAUGAACUAGAACAAUCAGUAGUCCAGCUGCGAAGUGAGCUGGACGAACGGAUCGUUACACUGGUCAAGGGACAACGAUCAUCUACAACUGCAUCUGAACAGCCUUCUGGCGAGCUGAUAGAUGACGAAGAGCGGAAGGAUAUCCUACGGGACACUGUAGCGAGAGCUAACAUUCUUAAGCUGAAAUUAUACAGAUCGUUAGGCCUGGUGAUCGACGAUGCAAACGGCCAGGUCUUCAUCGAGAAAGAUAACUCGGAGAUCGACACGCUGCCCUUGGACAACGAUCUCAGCGAUUUCUUCAGGACAAAGUACAUCUGGGAUAGAAUCAAGGCAAACCGAUGA